AUGAGUCAGUUCAACGUUUCGUUUUGGGCCAUCGUGCUACUGUCGGCGUUGGCCAUUUCCACCUUCUCGGCCACCGAUGCGCAGUCUUACUUGGCGACUCGCGCGCAAGCCGUCAGAAAGGCCGCGAGCGACGCGGACGCGCUUGCGCUUACAGCGCAGGCGGAAUACAACGAAAAGCUCAGGGCGGAAAACACGGCAAAGAAGGCCGUUGACGAUGCGGACGCGGAUCUGAACGCUGCGCAGACGGAGCUCUCGAACAAGAAGAAGCAGCUUGAUGAUACCAAGGCAAAGGGCGAGAAGGCACGCCAGGACAUAAUUAAGUUCAAGCAGACAGUGCGCGACGAGCAGGAGUAUAACGACGACCUCGAAAUGGAUGUCGGCGAAGCGGAUAACGACGAGAAGGAAUUCGCAAAGGAUAUCGUCGACGCCCAGGCGCGCGCGAAUCUCACGGCGGAUCUGCUGACGGAGCAGAACGCGAUCGUGAAGGAGGCGACUGACGACUCUACGUACUACGCGCGGCUCGCGACGAAGCUCAAGACACCCCAGGCGCAAGCGGAUGCGCUCGAGGCGCAGUCGAUUCGCACUCAGGCGGUUCGGAUCCAGGGCGCGCUUGUGAAGCAGGCGCAGCGAGCCGUUGAGCGCGUCGGUAGGAUGCAGUUUGAGUGGUCUGCGACCAGUAAGGACAAAACCGAGACCAGGAAGAAGGCUGACGAUCACAAGGUUGUGUUGAACAAGGCUAAGAAGGACGCCGCCGACGCCGAGACGGCUUACAACUCGGCUACUGUCGAAGCUAAGAACAUCGACGCGGCGAUUAGGCAGCAAGCCAACGUGGUGGUCGCGAAGACCAAGGUCGCGAAAGACGCGCGAAUUCCGUUGGUGAAGGCGUCUACCGCUCGGGCUCAAUCCGAGACCAAGUUCACCGCGCUCAAGUCGCGCGCUGACGGGUUCAAGGCGGCUGCGGAGAAGGCGGAGAAAGAGCUCGCCGACAACGAGGCCAGAAAAUGCCUGCUCGAGCCUACCUUGGGCUUUGGCUCUUUGCCUUGGGAGCGCACUGUCUUUGUCUGA